AUGGAUUACCAGUGCGGAACGUGCGACCGGUGGUUCGGCAGCUCUCGCGCCCGCGGACAGCACAUGAACGCUCUGGGACACGAUGCUUGGGAUUGCAACAAGUGCGACCUGGCCUGGGAGACCGAGGAUGACAUCAAGGAUCACGAGGUCUUCGCUCACCACCACUGCCGCGACUGCGAUCGCGAUUUUCAGAACCUGAACAAUAUCCGAAUGCAUUUGAACUCGCGGGCGCACCGCCCCCAGGUUGCCUACUGCCCCUUCUGCCAUAAAGGCUUCACCACCGCAACCGGCGUCGCUCACCACCUGGAGGCGGGCGCGUGCCAGAAUGCCUCUUCUCUCAGCCGCGACGAAAUCUACCGAAUUGUGCGGGCCAAAGACCAGCACGGACUCAUCACCAAGCAUCUGAUCGGAUGGGAGGGCAGCUUCGAGUAUGAAGCCUCGGCCAGGUCAUGGAACGGCAGCGGAUAUGAGUGCUACCUUUGCCAUCGCGAGUGCACUACGCUUCGGGGGCUCAACCAGCACCUCAGCUCGCCCGCUCACCAGCAAGCCCUCUACCACUGCCCCAACCGCGCCCGCUGCGGGAUGGACUUCAAGACACUGGCUGCUAUGAUCAACCAUCUUGAGAGCGAGUCCUGCCAGUUCAUGCGAUUCGAGGCCGUCCAAAAACGAUUCACCAACAUCGUUAGCAGCAAUCGUCUUAUCGCUUUUUGA